GCAUAUCAACAAAUAAGUAUAUUUCUCACUUAUUCUGUUUUUCUCACUGAAGUAGAAGAAAUUGUAUGUAUAAUUAUUAUCAUCAAUUAAAAAUUAGAACGCCUGUUUACCCACUUGGCAGAGAGCGAAUAUCUCCUAUUGAUCUUUCAGUUGGCUUCUAUAGAACGGAAUACGCAGUAUACUUCCCUGAUAGAAAGUUUAAAGCGAAAAUGUCGUUCAGAUUCUCGAAUGGUCGGUCUAACACAUGUUUUUCUGUAUAGAGUAAAAUGCCACAACGCAAACUUUGUAUGACUAAAAUGUUUAUUGUGUAUAUCGCAAUAUGGUUUUAUGAACAUGUUGUGUAUAUAUGGAGUUUAGAUGAACACACUUCUCAUCCGUGUUCUAUCUCCACGACCUCGAUACUCAGUGGAUACAUUUUCUAUCCGUAUUAUGUCAUCUCUAACACGUAGCUAUUUAUGUCUUUCUGUUGUUUCAGUUAAUUGCAAUUGCAAUGAUGUAGAACAAUGUAAGUAAACACCGAUGGUUAGUCUUAAUAUUUUAUUUUUGGAUAAGAGUGCAAAGAAACUUAAUUUUACAAUUUUGUUCCUUGUCUAAAGUGUGGAAAGAAGCGCUGCUGAGAAAUAUCAGUAUUUGACUGGUGUCGACAGAAAAACUCGUCGUACUUUACUGUAUAAGAUUCGUCAUCGAAGAUAUUUUUCAAAACCGCCUCCAUCCGACGACUCUAUCCUUCCGGUUUUCAAAAUGCACGUUAAGAUGAAAUACUACUAGCAUUUCUCCACUUUCUUUUCCUACUUCCACCGAUGGGAUAGCAACAAGAUAAUGAUUUGUGAGAUAGUUAAAUCUCGACAAUCGUUUCUUACCUAUGCAAGGUCAAAAUCUAAAUUGUUUUCAAAGUGUGUUUCAAAAAGCGCAGUUUUGGCAGGGUUCAUACGAAAACUUUCUGUGCUCCUAGAAAGUCUCUUGGAAUUUUUAAGAAUCAAGUGUGAAGGCAAUAUUUUUCUCAUACCGUAGUCCAAAGUUUCCGAUAACGUCAACCACUUCAACAACGGAAACCAGUAGACGCGUUUGCUUAUUGUUUUUCUAGUGGCUAAUACAAUGGUUGAUUCAACCAGUUGUUUUUCGUUUUCGUUUUCAUUCUUAUUUUUUUACUUCUUCUGUUUGAUUUAGUACAUUAUUUCGUUACUUCUUCUGUUUGAUUUAGUACAUUAUUUCGUUACUUAUGUUUGUAUUAUUUCCGUAUAGCCUAUACAAUAGACGAUUUAGAGUUUGUUUAUUAUGAUAACGAUACAACAACAGAUGGUAAAUUAACACCAACGACGGCUGCAAUUUUGUCUUUUCAACAACGAUUGACCAUUAUAUUCGCACAAAUCAAUAUGACAGCAGUAUUGACAAAACAAGUUAUAGAAAGAUUAUCUGCAAAGGCACCGACGAAACAGUCUUCCACGCAAUGCGUGGUCGGUCCAGGCCAAAGGCGAAAACGUCGUGCCGCCACCACAUCAGAUAAUAGUACGGAUUUGAAUUGUCAACAAUUGUGUUCAAACCAUAAUAUUCAAAAGAUAAUAAAAUUGCUUGACAACACAAACAAUUCUACACAAAGCAAUGUUCUUGAUGAAUAUCGUGUCGAUUGCGGUCUGGUUCCUCAAGACGGAGCCCUCGUUGACAUGACAAUGACAAAUUACAGUCGCAAUAUUACUGUCACAAUGGGUAAUCACGACUUCGCUCGUUUAAUAACUAGCGGCGAUUUUAUCUAA